AUGGCCAAUCGUCCAAUUGCCCAGAGGCGUGCUCUGGUUCAUAUUGAUAAUAUUCAACUAAGGAACCUGAUCCAUGCGACGGAGCGUCCAGGGGAUGUACUCACGGUCCGGUCAGACGCCGUCGUUCGGUACAAUGUGCAUUCGAAGGAGCGAUCAGAGACGAUUGGUCGUCUGUCCUUUUCACCCACCAGCUUGGCCUACGAUCCUGCAACGGGUAGAGGCGAUGUCGGUGCCGUUGCUGUUGGUGGACAUUCAGGCGAAGUUUCGGUAUUCGCUAUCGAUGCGUAUGCGACGACACGCGAGCGCGACAGACUCGCCCAUGACCGGACAUCACUCCACUACGACCCAUACAAGACGGCGACAGACACUGAAUUGGAAGAAGGCAAAAUCACCUUUAGGUCCGCUCGGUCUAUUAUCAAUGCCGUCUCUUUUGCUCCGAUGGGUGCGCAAAACGAUCCGAGCAAGAUGUACAGGACCCAGAGGAGGCUGCUCGUCUCUAGCAACGAUUAUACAGUCCGGGUCUACAGACUCUUGUUCACCAAAGUCGUUGGCCGGAACACGACCCACAUCCGCGUGGUGGAGGAGGCUUGCGCGCGCCAUAAUACUUGUAUCAACCAUGCAUCCGUCUCACCAGAUGGUCGGUUACUGUUGACCGCGGGAGAUACGCCGCACUUGCAUCUCCACGCGCUCCCUUACACGUCGUUUGGUUCAACAGACUUUUUGUCCGUCACCGAGGGUCUAUCGACGUUGAAGACACGGACCCUCUUGGAAACACGCUCUUAUCAGCCAAAACCUAUAUUCGUUAUCCCCACCUCGGGUCUCAAUCCGUCUGUCGACUAUUGGCAUGCCGGAGUUGGUGGUCAGUCUUCUCAAGAAGCAAUCUUCUCAACCGCUUUUUCUUCCGACGGACUCAAGGUUGCUGCCGGAAGUCAGGAUGGCAUUGUCCAGGUAUGGGACAUAAGGUCACUGAAGCGACGACUCGCCCACUUUAAGACUGGGCCCGAGUCUGACUUUGGACAGUUCUGGAGCAAGCCGUAUCCAGACGAGGGUAACGUGGAUCCAGGGCGCGGAUGUUUGGGCAAGUUUUGGGGAAUUCGUUCGCUCCGCUUUGCAUCCUCAUCAAGCUAUGGAUUGGGCGGCGAACGGCGCGAGCUGCUCGUCUUUUCGGAGCAUCAAUCCUCUGUUCAUCUAGUGGACGCCCGUACCUUUUCCACCGACCCUGAUUCUUUCCGCUCCUUGCAUCUACCUGACAUUGUCAAAAAGUAUCCGAUAUCAGCAUACGAUGCAACACAGGCCAGUCUUGCGGCUCAAACUGUGGACGGACAAGGAAGGAAACGCAAGCGAGGGGGAAGUGAAGUGGACGGGGAUGGCGAGCGCAAGCGACGAGGGCAGACCUCUCGCAUGGAGAGUACGAUCCCGGCGUUGCGACGAUCCCUUGCAAUGGGAUUAGCAGAUGAUGCGGCUCAGGAGUACGAGGGACUCCGGCUUGGGGGUGACGUCAGCGUUCUCAGAAACCGCUGGGCUCGUGUUUCUCGCUCAGUGCUGCCUACACCUUCAAGUGCCCGCAACGAUGCGACCCUAGGGUAUUCCCGCGAUUGGAACCCGAUAGACGACGUACUGCUGGACCUUCACGGACGACUCGGCACUCGUAGUCCGAGAGGCCUGAGGGUAGACAAUUCUGUGGGAGACGAAUUCUCUACCUUGCGUAUGAGACGAAGCGCGGUGGCGAGACGGCUCUCGUCGCUUUUGGAUGGCUUGUCGCAAUCUGAAAGAAGCAGAGAUAUAACUCCAGCUCCCGUCGCUCUACUCAACGACCCGCGUAUCACUGCCGCGGAGCGCCUCGCCGAACUUCGAGCGGUCCAAGAUGCUCUCUUGUCCGUCGGCGUGGAGGAGAGUUCGGAUCUGGACGAGGAAGAGGAGAUGGAGAUGGACCCACUUUUCGAGAACGAACCAACCCAGAUUCGGGACGCGUCUAGAGAAGAUGCGGGACAGACGCACACUGACGAGGAGGUCGAUAUCGGAUGGAUCUGGCCUGAUGAGAACUCGAAUUCACCCCGAAUUCCUCUCAUGGAUCUUUUCCCGGGGCUCGUGGGCUCUUCCACAGGGCCUGAUACUUUUGACAUUGUCGAUGUUGCGCAAAGUCCGUCGAUCGAAUCUCUGCCAGACUUUGUCGAAACAUCCGACGCGCCGGUGAUAGAUGUAACAUCGCCAACUCCGCAAGAAGAGGAUAUGUCUCUAAGUCGACAAGACGAGAUGUCAGAGACAAGAACUUUUGACCGUCUUUGGCCAAAUCCAUCACCACUACCGACCUCGGGAGGGCUUCGCGUUGUGCAAAAUCUACUUCGACCCCCCGUCGAUCCAUCCAACGCUGCAACCCACAACUUUUUGUCCUCGACCAGCGCUCGCCUUCAGCCUUUUUCAAGUCGUGCGUAUGGAGGCGCACCAAUUUCCAUAGGGGCGCGCAGUCCAUACCCGCGAGAGUUUGCCAAGUAUCACAUCGAUGACAGCGAUGACGAGGAGUUUCUGGAUCGUCCAUUAGAUGUUGCCGGUAUCACACUCGGACUACCUGGGACGGCAAGCGAAGGGACCCUCAUUAUCGCUGCGGCGCUGCAGACGCCCGACGGACAAGACAAGCUUCAUAGAACGAGACUGCUCCAGUUUGACCUAGGAUCAAGAUGUGACGAUUCGGAGAUAGGGACGUGCGCGGCGGGUGAGGGGCGGUACGCACGCAGGCGAUUUGCCCAAGGUGGCUUUCAGUGA